AUGAUGGAUAGAAGGAAACAACUUGAUGCUUUGAAAGCGAAUCACAAAGUGAAAAUGUCAUUAUUAAGUGAAAUAUUGAUUAAAUUAGAGAAAGGAGAGAAAGUUGACUUACAGCAAGAAUUAACGUUAUUAUCAAGAAUACCCACCACUAAAGAAACUGAAAUAGAUUUUGAUGAAAAACUUAAUGAAUUCCUACAAUUAGCUGAUGAACCACAAGAACAUGCACCUGUAACCAAAGCUCAACCUUCGACCUACUUAUAA